CCUAGGAAUAAUAAAAUAACAUCCCACAACCCUUAUUCCUAUAAAUAGUAUAAGUAUCUAUAUAAAUAUAGAUUCUAUUUAUCCGUUCCUUUCUUCUCCAAACCCAUAUCAUUGCAUCCUUUUCCUUCCUCUCUCUUUCAAGGUUCAAUUCAACAAUCGAGAAUUCAUCAAGUUGAAGGCUUUCUGCACUUCUGAUCGCGUUUUUCACAAAUUCAUUCAUCUGGGUCAUCGUGAUUGCUCGGAAUUGCUGAUUUAGGGUUACGGUUCAAAAAGCCCCAAUUUGAAGAUUUUUAGUAUUUGUUCAAUUAUUAUAUGAAUUUAUUGUUUUUAGCUGUGUAAUUUUAUUCCCUUUUGUUAUUAUCGUAAAAGUUCAUAGCUUUGGAAGGUAUCAUCAUAAGUAUUGUAAAAUCAAAAACAAUUAUCAUCAUCAUCGUCACAUUGUUAUAGUGUUUGUAAUUUUUUUUUGUUCCUUAAGUAUUUUAUUUUGUUUUUAUUUGAAUUUAUUGGAAAAAAAAAAGUGAAAAAAAAAGUAAUUGAUAAUUCUCAUUGCAAAUUUGCAACCCUAUCAUUGAAAAAAAAAAGAUUAUAAUAAUUAGUAAAAAAAAAAAAAAAUUUGUUUUAAUUUGGUGAUGGGGAUCCCUGGAAUGAACAAUCAGAGUAAUGGAAAACAAUGGUUAGGGAUAACUGAGCCAAUUUCAUUGGCUGGACCAACUGAGGAAGAUGUGACAAAGACUCAUGAACUUGAAAAGUACUUGCAAGGCGCUGGAUUGUAUGAGAGUCAGCAGGAGGCAGUUGGUAGGGAGGAAGUGCUUGGCAGACUGGACCAGAUUGUGAAGAUUUGGGUGAAAACCAUUAGCAGGGCGAAGGGAUUCAAUGAACAACUGGUGCAAGAAGCAAAUGCCAAAAUUUUCACUUUUGGCUCCUAUCGGCUAGGGGUGCAUGGUCCUGGAGCGGAUAUAGAUACCCUUUGUGUAGGACCUAGACAUGCAACCAGAGAUGAAGAUUUCUUUGGUGAGCUACAGAAGAUGCUAUCUGAGAUGGAGGAAGUAACUGAAUUGCACCCUGUGCCUGAUGCUCAUGUCCCUGUGAUGAAAUUCAAGUUUAAUGGAGUUUCUGUAGAUCUCCUGUAUGCAAGAUUGGCAUUGUGGGUUAUUCCUGAAGACUUAGAUAUAUCACAGGAAUCAAUAUUACAAAAUGUAGAUGAACAAACUGUUCUCAGUCUCAACGGAUGUAGAGUAACUGAUCAAGUCUUGCGUUUAGUUCCAAAUAUUCAGAAUUUUCGCACAACAUUGAGGUUCAUGAGGUUUUGGGCAAAGCGUCGUGGUGUUUAUUCAAAUGUUGCUGGUUUUCUUGGUGGUAUAAAUCUGGCAUUGCUUGUUGGUCGAAUAUGCCAGCUUUAUCCUAACGCACUUCCAAAUAUGUUGGUGUCUCGGUUCUUUAGAGUAUAUACUCAGUGGCGAUGGCCAAAUCCAGUCAUGCUUUGUGCUAUUGAAGAAGGAUCUCUUGGACUAUCGGUUUGGGAUCCUAGAAGAAAUCCCCGAGAUAGAUAUCAUCUAAUGCCAAUAAUUACUCCUGCUUAUCCUUGCAUGAAUUCUACUUACAAUGUGACAACUAGUACGCUGCGUAUUAUGUCAGACGAGUUCAAGAGGGGAACUGAAAUAUGCGAGGCUAUGGAGGCUAGCAAAGCUGAUUGGGAUACUCUUUUUGAGCCGUACCCAUUUUUUGAAGCUUACAAGAAUUACCUACAAAUAGACAUAACAGCAGAGAAUCCAGACGACCUUAGACAAUGGAAAGGUUGGGUUGAGUCUCGUCUCCGCCAGUUGACAUUGAAGAUUGAGAAGUACACUUAUGGUAUGCUUCAGUGUCACCCGUAUCCUGGCGAAUUUUCAGACAAAUCUAGAUCCUUCCACCAAUGUUACUUUAUGGGUCUGCAGCGUAAGCAAGGUGUUCCGGUAAGCGAAGGUGAACAGUUUGAUAUAAGGCAAACUGUAGAAGAAUUCAAGCAUAAUGUAAACGCUUACACUGCAUGGAAACCUGGAAUGGACAUCCGCGUCUCCCAUGUGAAACGUCGUAACAUACCAAACUUCAUAUUUCCUGGCGGUGUUCGACCUUCCGUCCCGUCUAGAGUAAACGGUGAGAAUAGACGAAGUUCGAAAUCAAGGGUUGCUGGUCAAAGUCAAUCUGAAAAGUCUCAAGGAGGUAAAGCGGUUGUACUUGGAGCCGAUGAUGAAAGGAAGAGAAAGCGAUUGGAGGAUAAUAAUAACUCAAGGGUUUCAAAGUCCUCUGCAUCUGUAUCCCCUCCCAAUAGGAAUGUUCCUGAAGAUAGAAAUCCUUUUAGUGCUACUAGUUCUUGUUCUAUGAAAUUUGAUGACUCUGAAGUCAAUAGUAUGGGUGAUCAAAAGAGCGAGAAACUCUGUCUGAAAUCGGUUGGUGAGAUUCCUGCUGGUGAUAGUGUAACCAAUGGAUCAGCGACGGAUAACAAACAACUUGAUGCUCCUGAUACAUCUAACACUAAAGAAGAAGAACGUCUAGCCAUCGAGCAUAUUAUGGCUGGUCCGUAUGAAGCGCAUCAAGCUUUGACAGAAGAACCUGAUGAGCUUGAACAAGAUAUGGGGUAUAGAAAUCAAGUCAAUGAUAAUGGUGGAAGUGUGAAAAGCAACAAUUUUGACUCUUCAAAUCCAAAUCCUGUGGUAGUGGAAGAUCAAGUUAUUUCAAAGGAAACCGUAUGUUCAACUCAUUCAUUCUGUAAUGGAGGCUUGGAGGAGCUUGAGCCUGCUGAGCUGACAGCACCAUUGUUUUGUGGGAUUCCUGCUCCUGUACCACAGAAGAAGCCUCUUAUCAGGUUGAACUUCACUUCCUUGGGGAAAGCAGUGAAUAAAAGCACGUAAGAGACUUCAAAGCUUAAGCUGCAUCUUGAAGAUGUUUUGUAAAAUAUUUGUAACUCCUUUUAUCUAUGUAACAAUUUUGGUGAAGGAAAUAAUCCUGACCUAAACCAUCAACUUUUGUUGAGUACAUGAGAAUAUAUAUGUUGCACCGGCUCAAUAAAAAUAGAUUUUGAUGUUUUAUGUGAA